GACGAUUAAAAAACCAUUUCACAGUUCUCUGUAAUGUCUAAAACCCUUCUCUCUCGCAUCAAACCUCUUACCAAUCCUCCUCGAUCUCAUUUUCCGAUAACUCCCCGCAUCAAGAAACUAGUAAGCGACACUGUAUCCAUCCUCAGAACCCAACAGAACUGGUCUCAAAUUCUCGACGAUUGCUUCGCUGAUGAAGAAGAAGUACGCUUCGUCGAUAUUUCACCUUUCGUAUUCGAUCGAAUCCAGGAACCUGAAAUCGGCGUGAAGCUGUUUGAUUGGCUAUCGAGUGAGAAGAAAGAUGAGUUCUUUUCAAAUGGGUUUGCUUGUUCUUCGUUUCUGAAGCUCUUAGCGAGGCAUAGGAUCUUCGAUGAGAUUGAAGAAGUUUUGGGUAAUCUCAGGAAAGAAAAUGUGAAGCUUACACAUGAAGCAUUGAGUCAUGUUCUUCACGCGUAUGCUGAAUCGGGUUGUUUGAGUAAAGCAGUGGAGAUUUAUAAUUAUGUAGUUGAGUUAUAUGAAUCUGUGCCUGAUGUUAUUGCUUGCAACUCGUUGUUGAGUUUACUUGUGAAAAGUAGGAGACUUGGAGAUGCACGGAAGAUGUAUGAUGAAAUGUGUGAGAGAGGUGGUUGUGUUGAUAAUUACAGUACUUGUAUACUGGUCAAAGGUAUGUGUAGUGAAGGGAAGGUAGAAGAAGGUAGAAAGAUGAUUGAAGAUCGAUGGGGUAAAGGUUGUGUUCCGAAUAUUGUAUUUUACAACACCAUCAUUGGUGGAUAUUGCAAGCUGGGCGAUAUCGAAAGUGCGAAUCUAGUUUUCAAGGAGUUGAAAUUGAAGGGAUUUAUGCCGACUUUGGAAACUUUUGGAACGAUGAUAAAUGGUUUCUGCAAGAAAGGGGAUUUUGUGGCGACUGAUCGACUUUUAAAGGAAGUAAAAGAAAGGGGUUUAAGGGUUAGUGUUUGGUUUCUUAAUAACAUCAUUGAUGCUAAGUAUAGGCACGGUUCUAAGGUUAAUCCAGCUGAGAGUAUACGAUGGAUAGUAGCUAAUGAUUGCAAGCCUGAUAUAGCAACAUAUAACAUUUUGGUGAAUCGUUUGUGUAAAGAAGGGAAAAAGGAGGAUGCUGUUGGGCUUUUGGAUGAAGCAUGGAAGAAAGGGUUGAUUCUGAACAAUUUAAGCUAUGCCCCUCUAAUACAAGCCUAUUUCAAAAGUAAAGAGUAUGAUAUUGCUUCUAAGUUGCUUCCACAGAUGGCUGAAAGAGGAUGCAAACCAGAUAUUGUUACAUAUGGAAUCAUUAUCCAUGGUCUUGUUGUUUCAGGGCAUAUGGAUGAUGCUAUUUACAUGAAGGUUAAAUUGAUAGAUAGAGGAGUUUCACCGGAUGCUGCCAUCUACAAUAUGUUGAUGAGUGGAUUGUGCAAGACCGGUAGAUUUUUACCGGCCAAACUCCUCUUCUCAGAGAUGCUAGACCGCAAUAUUUUACCGGAUGCUUAUGUAUAUGCCACGUUGAUAGAUGGAUUCAUCAGGAGUGGUGAUUUUGAUGAGGCAAGAAAGGUUUUUACUCUCUCCAUUGAAAAAGGUGUGAAGGUUGAUGUCGUGCACCACAAUGCUAUGAUAAAGGGGUUUUGCAGAUCCGGAAUGUUGAAUGAGGCAUUAAUGUGUAUGAAUAGGAUGACUGAAGAACAUCUUGUACCUGAUACGUUUACUUAUUCCACAAUCAUCGACGGAUAUGUAAAGCAACAGGAUAUGGCUACUGCCUUAAAGAUUUUCCGAGGCAUGAAGAAGAGUAAAUGUAAGCCAAAUGUGGUAACGUACACCUCCCUUAUCAACGGUUUUUGUUGCCAAGGGGAUUUUGAAAUGGCUGAGGAUACUUUCAAAGAGAUGCAAUCUUGUGGCCUGGUGCCUAAUGUUGUCACCUACACAACACUUAUAAGAAGUUUUGCUAAAGAGAGUAGUACCCUUGGAAAAGCAGAUUACUAUUGGGAGCUUAUGUUGACAAACAACUGUGUACCUAAUGAAGUUACCUUCAAUUGUCUACUUCAGGGAUUUGUGAAAAAAACAUCUGAACAUGUUCUUGCUGAACCAAAUGCAAAUGAUCAGGGACAAAGUUCUCUGUUUUUUGAGUUUUUCCAUAGAAUGAAAUUAGAUGGGUGGUCGGACCACGCUGCUGCUUACAAUUCUGUCCUUGUUUGUCUCUGUGUGCAUGGAAUGGUGAAGACUGCUUGCUGGUUUCAGGAUAGGAUGGUGAAAAAAGGCUUCUCUCCUGAUCCUGUUUCAUUUGCUGCUAUUUUGCAUGGUUUUUGCGUGGUUGGGAACUCAAAGCAAUGGUGGAACAUGGACUUUUGUCAUCUGGAUGAAAAAGGUCUUGAAGUAGCUGUUAGGUACUCGCGAGUUUUAGAGCAACACUUACCUCAAAGAGUGACAUCUGAGGUUUCAACAAUUUUACAUGCAAUGAUUGUAAAGAAUGACACCAAAGACUUGAGAACUGUAGAAUCUCGGUAACAUAAAGACGGUUAGCUGUUGAAAGAAGACAAGAAACUUAUUUCAGAUUGUAUACUACUUUCUUGUAUUUGGAGACAGGGGGUCUCAUCGGCUCUCAAAGUGUAGUACAUGAACAAAUUGUUGUCA